AUGGGCCUCUUCACCUCAAACAGGAAGUCUUCGCCGUCACUCCCUAUAUUCGCUUUGCACCUCUCAAACUCACAAGACAAAGUGUUCAAACCAAAUGAUACCAUCCAAGGCCAUGUCACCCUUUCCACGCCGACACCCUUAUUACCUCAGGCCAUCGAAGUAUCACUCUGGGGUCACUCCUCUGCCUGGCUGCGUACAUCAUCCGGCACAGGAAGUGAGACCACCUAUCGCCACUAUCGCGACAACGUGCCACUGUUUGAUGUCACAUUCAAUAUCUUCACCCAACCGCAGCAACUGGAGCCAGGCCAGAGCUAUUCUUUUCCAUUCCAAUUCCGGGUACCAGAAGGCACGGGCUCGCACCGUAUAGGGGGCUACAAAGACGACAUGGAUGCAAGAUGGACCGUGCAACCGCAUCAUUUACCGCCGACUUUC